CUCUCCAUCCUUUGAAGAAACGGCUGUCCUCGUUUAGGCUUCUCCGUGGGAGACGCAUCCCAUGCUUCUUGCUGCUGCUUCCCCAAAGCUCCUUCUCCACCACUUGGUCCUCAAACUCGAGCCCCGUUUCCUCCUCCGCUCCCUCUCCUCCCUCCCCUCCCCCCAACUCUCCGACCCCAUCUCCUCCCAAACCCUUCGCGAGAUCGCCUCCGCGUUCUCCCACCCAAACCCCCCCAAUCCCCUCGACCCCCUCUCCCUCUCCGGCGUCCGCCCCCACCACGCCGAGGCCGUUCUCCGCCUCCUCCUCCUCCGCUCCGAUCCCGCCUCCGCUGUCCGCUUCCUCCAAUGGUCCGAGCGCCACCUCCACCUCUCCCCCACCCUCCCUUCCCUCUCCGCCGCCGCCCACGCCGCCCUCCGCCUCCAAAUGUUCGACGUUGCGCGCCAACUCGUCGACCGAAUGAUCCAAAACUUCAGUUUUGCCGAAGUUCUCUCGGCUUUCCCGGGCAGCUCUCAGUCGCUAUGUUCCGAUCCUGGAAUGGCCUUUAGCUGUUUGACUGAAUGCUGCUGUCGCGCUGGGAUUACAGACCGAGCAGUGGAUUCUUUUCUUCGGGCUCGGCAGAUGGGUAUCAGCAUUUCCCCGCUCGUAGUUGCGAAGCUAUUAGAUUCUUUGGUCACUGUGGGCCAAAUCGAUGAGAUGCUGGAAAUUUACAGAGAAUUAUCUGAUGGUUAUAACACUCUAAUGAAUGCAUUCUUAGGGAAGUCAGAUGAUCAAAAGGUAUUGAACUUGCACAGAGUUCUAAUGGAGAGAGGUUUUGUGCCGCGAAUUUAUGAUUUUAAUAGGUUUCUAAAUUCUCUGUGCAAGGGGAAUCGGUUCCGUACUGCUUCUGAUUUAUUUUAUUUGGUGUUAGAAAUUGGUCCGGAGCCAAGUGUGGUAACUUAUAGUACUUUGAUUCGUGCGUGCUGUAAAGGCAGUAGAGUGGAUUCUGCAGUUGGGGUUUAUGAGCUCAUGGUAGAGAAGGGCAUUGCUCCUGAUUUGGUAGUUUAUGGAAUUCUGAUUGAUGGGUUAUGUAAGGAAGGCAGAGUGAAUGAGGGGCAUGGUCUCCUUAGAAGGGGCUUAAAUGAUGGACUUAAGCCGGAUGUGGUGAUCUUCAGCUCACUUAUAGAUGGAUAUGUUAGAGUGGGAGAUGUGAAGAAGGCAUUCGAGUUGUACAAGAGAAUGUUGGAGGAAGAUGUAUUGCCUAAUGUUGUCACUUAUAGCAUUUUGAUUAAUGGGCUAUGUCAGAAUGACCGAGUUGCUGAGGCUUGUGGAAUUUUUUCUAGAAUCUUGAAGCAGGGGAUUGAGCCGAAUGUUUUGACAUAUAGCAGCCUGAUUGAUGGGCUAUGCAAUGCUGGGAAUUUGAAGGAAGCAUUUGAACUGUAUGAACUUAUGAUAAACCAGGGCUUUUCUCCAGAUGCAUUUGUUUAUAGUGUGCUAAUAAAAGGUCUCUGUAAAUUGGGGAGGAUGAAUGAUGCCCUCAGGUUACUUAUCAAGUCAGGUUUGAAAUCUAAUACUGUAACUUAUAAUGUGUUGAUUGAUGGGUUGUGUAGAGCGAAGAGAUUAGGAGAUAUGCUGAGGGUUUUCAGGCAGUUGGUAGUGAAAAACCUAGAACCAGAUUUAGUUACUUUCAGUGUGAUUAUCAAGGGAAUGGCAGAUGAAGGGAGAUUGAGGGAAGCAACUAUGGUUCUCUUUCAGAUCCUGAAGAAAGGUUUUAUGCCAGAUGUUGUAACAUACUGCAGUUUGAUUGACGGCUUCUGUAGACAUAAUAAUGUCAUGGCCGGAUUUAGAGUUUAUGAUAUUAUGCUUAUGAAUGGUGUUGAUCCUGAUAUGUUUAUUUAUAAUGUUCUAAUAAAUGGUCUUUUUAAGGAGGGCCAUGUGGAAGAGGCAUCUAAAUUGUUUAGCCAGCUUAAUGAACGGGCAUGGGAGCUAGACAUUGUGACAUACAAUACGAUGAUUAGCGGCUUCUGUUCUGUGAAAACAAUUGAUAAAGCCAUUGAAUAUUAUGAAAAAUUGCCUGAUGAAAGAGGUCUUCAGCCAAAUGCUAUUACGUUCACAAUUCUGAUUGAUGCAUUUUGUAAAGAAGGCAGAAUGGAUGAAGCGAUGCUAUUUUUUAAUAAAAUGCUCGAUAAGGGUCCGUUGCCCAACGUGGUCACCUACAGUUGCUUGGUAGAUGGUCGUUUCAAAGCUCAAAAUUUCAAAAAUGCAAUUGCACUCCAUGAAGAAAUGCUAAAUAAUCAUGUCACCCCCAAUAUCAUUAGCUACAGCAUUCUUAUCGAUGGCCUUUGCAAGGCAGGCCAGUUGGAAGAAGCUUCACUGGCUUUUCACUGCGCUGUGAACAGGGGCUUGUUGCCUGAUGUUGUGGCAUAUGGAAUUUUGAUUCGUGGAUUUUGUGCAGUUGGAAGAUUAGCUGAAGCCAGGAUGUUUUACAAUAAGAUGGUAGCAGAUGGUGUCAAACCUGAUAGUCUUGUAUAUAGCACACUUGCAGAGUAUUUUCAUGGAAACAAUUCUGUAGUAAAUGUUGGUGAACCAAAACCAAAUGCUUAGCAAAAUAGUCUUCCAUGGGAGCAGAGCAUGCUCCUGGAUGUAAGCCUGAAAAUAUGCAAUUCUGGCGAAAUUUAAUUCUUUUGCAUCUGAUAUUGUAGAUAAUUUAAACGUGCACCAGAUCUUCAAACAUCCUUAGAUUUUGACUCUUCAGUUGUAUAAUUUUCUUUGGCAGUACAAAGAUUCAUUUAGUUGUUUUUUAUUUUUUGAUUAUUUAAUAAUAAACUUGAUUAUAAAACAUUCUGCUUUG